UUGCCGCCGUAGGUGGGCAUCACAGCCCAGCAGCUCUGCCCCAGAGCCAGGACGACCUAGGGCUGGGGGGAGGGGUCGGCCUCUGUCCCCGGGCGCCGACGGGGCCGAGGGCCGAGGCGUCCCGCGGCCCCUCCCAGCUCGGGCUCCUCCAGGGCCUGUCCUCCCGCCGCGCGCCGCCCCCCCCCCCCAUGCCCGUGCUGUCGCUGCCCCAGCCCGUGGCCGUGCCGGCCCUCAGGGCCACCUGCUGCCCCUCCCCUUCCCCUCCGUGUGCCUGCCAGCUCCCCUCUCGCCUCUCAGGACUGAGCCCGGUCUGCACGCGGCCCCUCAGGGUGGUGUUGGCCCCGUGGUGGUCCCAGAGCUCCUCGCCCGGUGUCCCCAGGCUGCCACACGGACCUGGUACAGCUGACCCAUGACGGCUCCACCUCCUCUCCAUGCGGUCGCUGCCCCGUGCAAGGUCACCGAGCACUGAGCAGCUGCCUCCUCAGCUGGGACCUCAGGAAACACAGGAGACGUGGGGCAUCCCCGAUGUGACAGAAGGGGACGCUGGACAUCCCCCACGUGGCUGACGGGACACGGGAUGUCCCGAGAUGUGACCGAGGGGUCGCGGGAGGUCCCUGAUGUGACCGAGGGGUCGCGGGACGUCCCUGAUGUGACCGAGGGGUCGCGGGACGUCCCGAGGUGUGACCGAGGGGGCUGCCUGCCGUUUCCUGCGUUGCGGUGGAGAAGCCGUCUGGGUUGCAGGCUGUAGGAGUGACGUCCACUCACAACGUUGGAAUCAGUGCACAGCGUGACUCCUGAGGGCCGUGUGCUGUGUGUCGGCCGCAGGUCCAGACGAGGAAGGAGGAGCCCCUGCCGCCCGCUGCCAGCCUCAGCAUUCCCACGUUCUACUUCCCCCGAGGCCGCCCGCAGGACGCGGUGAACGUAGACGCCACCAUCGCCAAGAUCGAGAGGACCUUCGCCCAGUUCCCGCACGAGAGGGCCACCAUGGGGGACAUGGGCAGAGUGGCCAAGGCCUGCGGCUGCCCGCUCUACUGGAAGGGGCCGCUCUUCUGCGGCGCCGGCGGAGAGCGCACGGGCUCCGUCUCAGUGCACAAGUUCGUCGCCAUGUGGAGAAAGGUGCUCCAGAGCUGUCACGAUGAUGCGGCCAAGUUCGUCCACCUGCUCAUGAGCCCCGGCGGCAACUCCCUGGCGCAGGAGGACUUCAUCCCCUUCUUGCAGGACGUGGUGAACACCCACCCGGGCUUGGCAUUCCUGAAGGAAGCAUCAGAGUUCCACUCCCGCUACAUCACCACGGUCAUACAGAGGAUCUUCUACACGGUCAACAGGUCCUGGUCCGGGAGGAUCACGUGCGCGGAGCUCCGGAGGAGCACAUUUCUGCAGAACGUGGCCCUCCUGGAAGACGAGGUGGACAUCAACCAGCUGACGGAGUUCUUCUCCUACGAGCACUUCUACGUCAUCUACUGCAAGUUCUGGGAGCUGGACACGGACCACGACCUGCUCAUUGACGCGCAGGACCUGGCCCGGCACAAUGACCACGCCAUAUCCACCAAGAUGAUCGAGAGGGUCUUCUCUGGAGCCGUGACGCGAGGGAAAAAAGUGCAGAAAGAAGGAAAAAUAAGCUACGCUGACUUUGUCUGGUUCUUGAUCUCCGAGGAAGACAAGAAAACCCCGACCAGCAUUGAGUACUGGUUCCGCUGCAUGGACCUGGAUGGGGACGGGGUGCUGUCCAUGUUCGAGCUGGAGUACUUCUAUGAGGAACAGUGCCGCCGGCUGGACAGCAUGGCCGUCGAGGCCCUGCCCUUUGAGGACUGCCUGUGCCAGAUGCUGGACCUGGUGAAGCCCCAGAGCGAAGGGAGGAUCACGCUGCACGACCUGAAGAGGUGCAAGCUGGCCAAUGUCUUCUUCGACACCUUCUUCAACAUCGAGAAGUACCUGGACCACGAGCAGAGGGAGCAGAUCUCCCUGUUCAGGGAGAGCGAGAGCGAGGGCCCCGAGCUGUCCGACUGGGAGAGGUACGCCGCUGAGGAGUACGACAUCCUGGUGGCGGAGGAGGCCAUGGGGGAGCCCUGGGAGGACGGGUACGAGGCGGAGCUCAGCCCUGUGGACCAGAAGCUGAGCGCGCUGCGGUCUCCGCUGGCCCAGAGGCCCUUCUUCGAGGUGCCAACUGGCCUGGGCGCCGUCGAGCUGUAUGAGUACGAGCGCGGGGGUGACGACCUGCCGCCCUCGUGACCUGUGGCCUCCGUGGGGCGUGAACGCGGCCUCUGCCUCAGGAACAGAACUGUGCUCGUUGAGCCCUUUUACAGGAAGUGAAGUGCGUUUGUGUGGAGACGUUCUCAUUUAUUCAGCACAGAAGCUGGCCAGAGACGGUCACGGUCACUGAGGCGGGUCCCCACCCGCCCCGGAGGAGCUGCCGCGCGUGCGAGAGCCCCAGGCCUGGCCUGGCACGUGCGAGAGCCCCAGGCCCGGCCUGGUGGCGAGGACGCACGCGCCCCAGCGUCCCCGGCAGUCAGGGCGACCUCGGACCCGCUGUCCAGCUUCCAAGCGUAGGUGUUUCCAGGCUCGCGUCGUCUGGCUGAUGGUCCGCCCUGUCUGGCCGAGCGGCAACCAGGCGCCGCCCCAGAAGGUCUGCUUGCGGUCGGUCGUGGAUGUGCGCUCACUUCGGGAUGGGGUGUGGUCGUCAGGAACAUUCCAGAAGCCCCGGCGCCUCCGUCCCGUGGGUGCCCCCCGCAGGGGCCACUGUCCCGGCCGCAGCUUCUCCCCCAGAGGGAGCGCCCACGUCAGCAUAUCUUUUACUGGUUUUGUGUAAAUGUACAGCCUAUGUACAGUUGAGUUUUAUUUGCCGUGCAGAGCAGUUUAAAAACGUUUUAUGAGAUCACGUUUGUAUUUUCAAAUAAAGAGUUUAAAGAU